AAACGAUAUAUUCAUCUGCACUAGUCUGCAGCCUGGACUCCCCCUAAGGAACUUCUGGGUACUUUUUCCUCGCAGUGGAACGUGCGUGUACAAGAUCACUUGUGCCAAUGCAUAACGCAAACAGGCACACUGUCUGGUCCUUUAAGCCAACAAUGUGGAAGAUCUGCAGCGUCUAUUGUGCAUGGGGUUUGCUGCUACUGACCGGGAUCCGCGCUCAAUCUCAAAGAAGACAGGUCUUUACAUGUGGUGGGAACCUAACGGGAGAGUCCGGUGUUAUCGGUAGCCAAGGGUAUCCGGGAGUCUACCCACCGAAUACAAAAUGUGUCUGGAGAAUUACUGUCCCAGAGGGCAAAGUGGUUGUCUUCUCCUUCCGCUUCAUCGACUUGGAGAAUGACAACCUGUGUCGCUACGACUACGUGGAUGUCUACAGCGGGCAUGCCAACGGACAGCGCCUUGGACGCUUCUGUGGGACUUUCAGACCAGGGGCCCUCGUCUCCACGGGCAACAAGAUGCUCGUCCAGAUGGUGUCUGAUGCAAACACCGCUGGGAGUGGCUUCCUGGCAGUUUACUCUGCCGCACACCCACACGAGCGAGGAGACCAGUACUGUGGGGGUCGACUGGUGAAACCGUCUGGAACUUUUAAGACUCCGAAUUGGCCAGAAAAGGACUACCCAGCUGGAGUCACUUGCUCGUGGCAUAUUGUGGCACCUAAAAACCAGAUCAUUGAGGUAAAGUUUGAGAAGUUUGAUUUGGAGAGGGACAACUACUGCCGCUAUGACUACGUGGCAAUCUUCAAUGGCGGAGAGAUCAAUGAUGCGAAAAGGAUUGGUAAAUACUGUGGGGAUAGCCCUCCUGCUCCGGUAUACUCAGAUGGGAAUCAGUUGCUCAUACAGUUCCUAUCAGACCUGAGUUUGACCGCAGAUGGAUUUAUUGGCCACUAUAAGUUUAGGCCCAAGAAGUUCCCUACCACCACUCUGCCACCAACCACCACUACACAGCCUACGACAACAAGACCAAUACCUUUGAAGUACUCUGCAGCGCUCUGUCAGCAGAAAUGCAAGAGGAAGGGAACCCCCGAAAGCCAUUACUGUUCCAGCAACUUUGUUGUCACGGGAACGGUCAUCACUGCGGCAACGCGCGGGGGCAGUAUGUACGCCACCAUUUCCAUCAUCAACGUCUACAAAGAGGGCAACCUGGCCAUUCAGCAGGCCGGGCGGACCAUGAGCACCAAGGUUGUCAUCCUGUGUAAGAGGUGCCCAUUUGUCAAACGAGGCCUGAGCUACAUCUUCAUGGGCGAGGUGGACGACGACGGCCGCGGCAAGAUCGCCCCGCACCACUUCGUCAUGGCCUUCAAGGCCAAGAACCAGCGGGCCUUCAACGCGCUGAAGACCAAGCGCUGCUGAGGACUGACCGUCGGGUUCCCCCUCAGCCUCUUCCCUAGGUCCUCCCUUUCCCCGUCCUCCCACCCACACACUCUCACACACACACACACACACACGCACACACACACAAACAUGCACACACACAAACACACACAAACACACACACACACACACACACACACACGCACACACACACGCACACAAACACACACACACCUACCGGCGCAUGCCGGUCGAGGCACGGCUCACGCCGACUGAUCGUUCUCCAGCAUGUCAAAGCUCCCACCUACUGCUCUUCCUGGGGAGGCGGAGGACUGUUUCCAAGCCCUCUGGAUGGAAUCAGAGCUUUCAUUUCACGUAUCUUUUGUUGUUUGACUCUUAAUCCUGCCAUCCCCUGUAAUGCUUGUUGGGGCGUUUGAAGAGCCAGCAGGACCCGUGGUCUAAAAUAGGAUGUUCAAAAGAGGACAAGAGAAAGACUGAUGAUGGGGGAGGAUCUUCUGGGAGGAACAAGUGAGAUGUGGGUAUUAGUCUUAUGCUGACACACUGUUUACAAGAUUUGUUGAGUUCAUUAAGGACGGGGAGCAUCUUAUGUGGUGACACAAGUGCAAUAACUUUGUAGCAUCCUUUUGCAACGAUAUGGCAUCAUGCAAGAAUAACGUUUGAUUGUGUUGUUUGUUGCCUGAAUCUUUAAUCAUGAAUGAAAAAGCACUCUCUAUUUUUUUUGACCAGCUUGUUUUUUCCCUCCAUCAAAAAAUGAAAAUGUUUAUAAUGACAGUGCCAAUAUAAAAUAAGCAAAAUGAGAUAUUUUCAUAUGAAACAGUUCUUAGUCACAUGUUAAUUUAUAUUUAAUUGUUUUGUGAGAGAAUAAUAAAAGUCAUG